AUGUUUAUCAAGAUUUUCAAAGUUACACGUAAUUUUUUCUCUAUUGCAAUUAAUUUAUCGAAGUCAAAGAAGAUGAAUAUUAAUAAGUGUUAUUUCAGAUAUAUAGAGAAUGAAAAUAAAAUAGACAUAACAUUUUUAUUUAAAGUGAAAGAAACAACAAGACAAUUUAAUCUGAGUCGGAAACCCACAGAAACAUUAGAAACUUUGUUUACUCGUAUGGGUGCUAAUGUUCAAAAAGCUCUUAAGAAGGCAACUAAGAAAAAAUCUCCGUGUGAUUGCACAGAAAUAAAUGUUAACUUGUAUGAUACAGAUAAGGAUUCACUUAAUGAACAGUCUACUUGUUUAGACUUAUUUUCAGCUAAAGGCCCUGUAAAAAUAAAAAUCUAUGAUAGCAUAUAUGAAGCUGUAUUUAAUGCACCCUGGGUAGUUAGUAUUAAUUUGCCGCUUUGUAUUUUGGAAGGAUUUCCAGUAUAUCCUGAAAAUUUUGUUAUUCAGUAUGCUGAUAGAAAAUUAUGCAGUUUUAACUGGUACAAAGGUUUGACUAAAAAUGAAAAAGGUAAUGAUAUUAGUGAAUUUCAUGUACAAUGGGAAUUAGUGGGAGGAAACUUUAUUUAUAACCCAAAAACUGAAGAUAUAGGAAUGAAACUUAAAUUAGUAUGUAUACCAGGUAAUGAAAAUAGCAGUGGCCCUCCUGUUGAAGUUAUAUCUAAAAAUUUUGUUGAAGCUGGUCCAGGAAAGUGCCCUUUUGAGACAAGGCACAUGUUCACUAAAACUAAAUUAAAAGGCCAAAGUUUCCGUUGUAUAACUUAUAACAUAUUGGCAGACUUAUAUUGUGAUUCCGAUCACACAAGAACAUCAUUGUUUCCAUACUGCCCUGUUUAUGCAUUACACAUUGAUUAUAGGAAACUUCUUAUUUUCAAAGAAUUGCAGGGGUACAAUGCUGAUAUAAUCUGUCUUCAAGAAGUGGAUGCUAAAAUAUUUAACCAUCAUUUAGAACCUUUGUUACAAAAUGAAGGUUUAAAUGGUUUAUUCUACAAGAAGGCUAAAGAAGUAGCUGAAGGCUUAGCAUUAUUUUACAGACAUGACAGAUUUGAGGUUAUAGGAGAUGAAAAAAUACGAUUAUCAGAAGCGUUAAAGGAGAUAUCUUGCCUGCAAUCAAUAUGGGACGGAAUCAAAGAUAAUGGGCCGUUAUUAGAAAGACUUUUAGAUAGAUCUACAGUUGCUAGUGCAACGUAUUUGCAGUCAAUAGAUGAUCCAAAUUAUUUAAUUAUUGUGGGUAAUACUCACUUAUAUUUUCAUCCUGAUUCAGAUCAUAUUAGACUCAUUCAAGGAGGAGUUUUCAUUUAUUGGUUGAAUGACAUUCGCCGAAAACUAUCGGAAAAGUUACCAGGUAAAAUAAUAUCUAUGAUAUUAUGCGGAGAUUUCAAUAGUGUCCCUUCUUGUGGUAUAUACCAGUUGUAUACAACCGGCUUUUCUGGCAGCACACUACCAGACUGGAAAUCAAAUGCAGAACAAGCUGUUAUUGGUUUAAAUUUGCAACAAGAAACCAUAUUAGAAAGCGCUUGCGGAACUCCGCAAUAUACAAAUUUUACGGCCGGCUUUGCUGAUUGUCUUGAUUAUAUAUUUUAUGAUAAAUCUACUCUUCAAGUCGAACAGGUGGUACCCUUACCAAGUGUGGAAGAGCUUCAAGCGAAUACUGCAUUGCCGAGUAUAGUUUUUCCGUCGGAUCAUGUCGCCUUGGUAGCAGAUUUAAAAAUGAAUAAGUGA